AGCGGUGCGGCUGCGCGGCCGCAGUGGUAGCGGAUCCCGCGGGGAGCUGAGCCGGGCUGUGCCGGGGGUGGGGCGGGUUGUACCGGGCGGACGGAGGAUCGCAGGAUGUCGGCCACGCUCUACGUGCUGUCCACGCUGGGAGGAUACGUCCUCACCUCGGCUCUGCUCCUCAAGUGCCCGGGGCUGCUCCACCGGCCCAAGCGGCAGCGGUUCCGCUGCCGGCACAUCUCGCACCGCGGCGGUGCUGGGGAGAACCUGGAGAACACGAUGGCAGCCUUUCACCAUGCUGUUAACAUAGGGACGGACAUGCUGGAGCUGGACUGUCACCUGACCAAAGAUGAGCAAGUGGUUGUGUCCCAUGAUGAGAACCUGAAGAGAUCGACAGGAGUUGAUGUCAACAUAUCCGACCUCAAAUACUCUGAACUUCCACCGUAUCUCUGCAAGUUGGAUGUCACGUUUCAGAAAGAAAGUCACUCUGAGGGUAAAGAUAACCGCAUCCCUCUCCUGAAGGAGGUGUUUGAGGCAUUUCCACAAACUCCUGUCAACAUCGACAUCAAAGUGAACAACAACGUGUUGAUCAGGAAGGUCUCAGAGCUGGUUAGUCAGUAUAAACGAGAGCAUUUGACAGUAUGGGGGAACGUCAGUUACGAGGUGGUGUCCAAGUGUCUGAAGGAGAAUGCUGACAUUCCCAUCAUCUUCUGUUUGCAACGUGUCCUUCUGCUUCUGGGCCUGUUCUACACUGGGCUGCUGCCAUUCAUUCCUUUCAAGGAAGAAUUCUUGGAAAUCCCCAUGCCUUCCAUCAUCCUCAAACUGAAAGAACCAGAAAAGAUGUCAAGAAGCCAGAAAUUUAUUAUCUGGCUGGCUGACACACUCCUAAUGAGGAAAGCACUUUUUGACCACCUCACUGCUCGGGGCAUUCAGGUAUAUAUUUGGGUACUGAAUGAAGAACAAGAAUACAAGAGAGCGUUUGAUCUGGGAGCAACCGGAGUCAUGACAGACUAUCCAACAAAGCUCAAGGAGUUUUUACACAACUACCCCGUGUAAAUACAGGAAAACAAGGAAGACUUUGCAGAACAGAUGGAGCCAAGACAUUUAAUCAAAAAAUACGUUGAGCAACGUACACAAAUCAUGUUGUUUGGAAGGUGAUCCUUGACCUUGUCAGGUCACUACCUAAUGUAAAGGCUGUCUAUUUAUUUUAGGACUUUAAUUACAUAGUUUACGUUUGUAAAUAGAUCAUGUAGCAAAGGUGCACUUCACUAAUAGUCAUGACUAAGAAGAAAGUUGCUGGAUAGGAUACCUGUAGAUAAUAAGUAUUGUUUGACCAGUCACAAGUGUUCCUAGGCAGAUGUCAAGGCACGUCGAUGACUCCAAUUAUAUUGUAGUGUGCAGAAACUGAAGGGUUUCUGAAAGUGUACCCUUUGUGUACGUUACGUAUUGCUCGUGUGGCUUUUACUUUUCAGAUAACUUGUAGGGUGAGAAAGAGAAGCAACGCACAGGAGAAAUAGAAAGCAGAACCUGUGGACGGCCAGGCAGUUCAGCCUGCAAAGUGUAGUAAAAGCAGUCACUUUUUACUUUCCUUCUGUUUUUUUGUCCCCAAACCAAAAUGAACCCACUUGGUCAGUGUAGGUUUACUCAAUUAUUCUUACCGAUAAGAAUGUUGAGCUCCACUUCCAGCUGUAUUUAGACUUCUUUUUGAUGUGAUGGUAAUACGGUGACUCAGUGGUCAAGGUCCAGACACAGCGUUUAUUCUUGCUGCUGAGUUUGCUUUGUUCUUCUGCAAGGAUCUUGGUUUGCCCCAGGUUCUGAGCUGCCCAUCAGGCUGCCAUGGCCUGGCAGUGAGCUUCCCAGAGAGGAAGGUUGCACUCGGUAUAGAUUACACUUCCUUUGAAAUGCUCUUUUCACAAAGGAAACCGAUGCUUUAGGAGCCUUUUGCACUUUCAUAGUUCUGACACCUCUUGGCUCGGAUAAUGGGAAGCUGUUUUUUAAAUGAGGGACCAAAGACUUUACAUUUGGUCAGGAGUUUUAGGAAUGGUGUAAAAGGUUUGUUGUAAAUGAAUUCACCCAAAGCAGACAUGUUUAUGUGCCUGUAAAAGAAGCAGGUAUCAGUCUAGGAUGUCUGUAAGUUUUAGUCUCUUUUUUCUCCACAUUCAAUAUUGAUGAAGUUCACUGGCAUGGACUCAGAAGUCAUCUUACCAGCAAAAGCCAGGAAUCCCCAAGUGUCAUGGAAUGGGGAAGGAUAGAAAUGUAUUUAUAGAAGCUGAGUGCUGUUCUGCCCCUCUGAACAGAUGCUGUCAGCCUGUGAUGCCUCUGCAUUUUGGUUUUUUCAUGUUAGGGUUUUUCAGAAAGAAUUUGACAGUUUUAGCUUAAUUAUUCACCAUGAUAUGCAUAGAGCCCAGUCAUCAGAUGGUACUGCUGGAACACAGCUGUCGUGUAGUGAUGAUGGUAUCUAAUUCCUUACGGGUCUAAAUGAUCUCAUUUAACAAUCAAUGCAGUAGCCAGAACAAGAGAGAGAUUCACUGCAAGAUAAACUCAUUGUUCUAAAAGUUUGUAAAGUAAUGAAUUUAUUCCCUUCCACUCUCAGACUUGGAAGGGCUCCUGUUUCACCUGUACCUGUAGUCAUGGAGCAUCUUUGCUAUUUCAUUAUGCCACCUGAAUGGAUAACAUUCGUUUGUGUUGUGCACAGUCACAUUUGUGCAAUGUCCAUUUAAGAAAAGGGAAGUUCCUUUCCAAGGAGUUCUUAUGGAUGAGGUAGAAGACAUAACUGCAUUUACAGUAUAAUUGAAUGUGUGACAGUGGUGGCAAGUGAGUUAAUGGUGUCUUUCUCAAUGUCUGCCUACUUAAGAUGGCUGUAGAUUCAAUUUCCUUUUGAUUUAAUCAGGCUUGUUGUAUAUUGAAUGGCUGAGAGGAAAAUGUAACUUCCUACCUGCUCAUAGGAAUAAGGAUUACAUGAUUUAUCAUGUGCUGUGCUUGUUUCCACUUCAGACUAGUUAUGCUGGUAACUGCUAAUAAUCAAUCUAAUCAUAUUUCUCCCUGUUUUCUAAUAUUCAUAGAAUACUUUCAGAAUAGGCUUCAUGUGGAUCUCAAUAGGCAAAUGAAAAACUUCUACCCUCCCUGUUUGAAUUUGGUUUACAUCAUUUCUUUCCCCUUAAGUUUUCCCCAUUGCUGCAUAAGCAAACUGUUUUGCUUUAUUCCCCAUUGACUGACAAAACACUGCUGUUGAAAUGGACUUUAUUUUCACACUAUAAGCUACCUGUUUUGCUGUAGAAGUGCUGUUGGGAACUUGUGCCUUCAAAGAUGCUCAACACAUACUUCAACUGCUGCUCUUCCUACAUCUGCUGUAGCUUUUGACUGUGCUGUUCAUACACAAGCUCUCUUAGUGACAGAUCUGCUACUUAAUACCUGAAGUUUAAAGAAGAUACAUAGGAAGGAGGGGCUCAGUGCUGAAAAAAAGACCUGCUGAAUUUGUUUGAUCACUUAUUUGGACCACAGUAAAGGAGCUGAAGUUCGAUCUCUUGAUACAGACAGAGUUGAUUGGAAGAAGCCAUGAAUCUGAGCACCAGUUCACAAUAGGCCCCAAUAACUGCGUGUAACAAAAUGACAUGGAACUGAGGGAUCUUUGUAGGAUCUUUGUUCUGAAUUGCUUUAUUUGAAUGUUCCAUAACGUGCUGUGGGAUUUCACAACCACUUGGACAGAAAACCACUCGUUGAGGUGUUGCUCAGCCGUCCAGAAGGAUGCUCAGUUCAUCUCUGCCUCCCAAGAGAGGUUUCUUAUUUUCCCUUUGGGUGAUUUUAACUCUAAGUAUUGUUUAAUACAUACCGUGUUCUCAAUCUUUUGCUAAAUACUUUAUGUAUGAAGGAUGAUGCUUGUAUUCCAUGCACUUUUAAUCUGCAGAAACAGUUUUGGACCUCACUAGCUGAAAACCUGUGAUUUUUAUUUCUUAUAAGGACAGAUUGAUGCUCUUGAAAUGUGGCACAUUCAGAUAUCUUUGCUCACUAAAGAUCUACAACUAAAUGCUACUUCCUUGUGA